CAAAAUGGCGCUGUGUCGGAGCGAUACUACAGAAGCUGCAGAUGUGGGCUAAAGAGCAAAAGUACCGCGUUUUACACCGAAACCCCCGCCGUGUGUGGCCCUGACCCGCGGGCACGGACCCCCCGGGACCCGCUGAACCGAGCCCCAGUCCCGACCCGGGUACAUGAUCUGGACAUGGCGGAGAGGCGGGUGGAGUGCCAGUGGAAGAGACAUGUUUUGGAGCAGCUCAAACUAAGAGACAGAGUCCAGAGACAUGCGUUUGAAGAGAUCGUCCAUCAGUAUAAUCGUCUCCUGGAGAAGGCCGACCUACAGGCUGUUCUGUCCGAGCGAUAUCAGAGCGACAAGUACGACGCCCCCAGACCCCACGAUGGGAGCGCUGGUUCAGACUCGAGCCGCAGCGACGCCCUCCAACAGGAAAUGGCCCAAAUGAGAAUCCGCCACCAGGAGGAGCUGACGGAGCUGCACAAGAAGAGAGGAGAGUUGGCUCAAAGUGUCAUCGACCUGAACAACCAAAUCCAACAGAAGGACAAGGAGAUCCAGAGCAACGAGGCAAAGAUGUUGGAGCAUCAGCAGCAGAUCUGCUCUUUGGAGGGAGACUGUCGAGAGCUGAGGAACACUCUGCAGGAGCUGGAACGAGCCAAUCAGACUCUGAAGGACGAGUACGACGCGUUACAGAUCACCUUCAGCGCUCUGGAGGAGAAACUGAGGAAGACCACAGAGGACAACCAGGAACUGGUGUCCAGAUGGAUGGCAGAGAAGGCCCAGGAGGCCAACAAACUCAACGCCGAGAACGAGAAGGAUACAAGACGGAGACAGGCCAAACUGCAGAAGGACCUCGCAGACGCCGCCAAAGAACCUCUGCCCAUCGACCCAGACGACGACAUCGAGGUUUUGGCUGAAGACUCGAGUAAAGGAGGAGGAGGAGAGACUUCACCGCACAGAACGCUCAGCCGAACGUCCAGCAGUAAGAAGCAGACGCAGGCGCCCCCUGGAGGACUGCUCGACUCCAUCUCAAACAUUUUUGGUGUCUCUGAGCCUGGACUACAUCCUCUGACCAGGCGCAGACACACAAACUCACUCAGCUCUUCUCCUGAGAACACAGAGCCCCCUGCUGGAGCGUGUGCGGAAGUGCGCCUCCCCACCACCGCUCUGCAUGUAUUUGAAGCCCACGAUGGAGAGGUCAAUGCGGUCAAGUUCAGCCCUGGCUCCAGGCUCCUGGCCACUGGAGGAAUGGACCGAAAGGUCAAACUCUGGGAGGUCAUCGCUGGUCGGUGUGAGGCCAAAGGAGCUCUGACCGGGAGCAACGCCGGGGUCACCAGCAUCGACUUCGACAGCACGGGCUCGUAUCUUUUGGCCGCCUCCAACGACUUUGCGAGUCGCAUCUGGACCGUGGACGACUACAGGCUCCGGCACACUCUGACUGGACACAGCGGUAAAAUCCUGUCCGCUCGCUUCCUCCUGGACAACGCUCGGAUCGUCUCUGGAGGCUACGACCGAACGCUCAAACUCUGGGACCUCAAGAGUAAAGUCUGUAUGAAGACGGUGUUCGCAGGCUCCAGCUGCAACGACAUCGUGUGCACAGAGCAGUGUGUGAUGAGCGGACACUUCGACAAGAAAGUACGAUUCUGGGACAUCAGGUCAGAGAGCAUUGUGAGGGAGCUGGAGCUCCAGGGCAGAGUCACGUCUUUGGACCUGAACCACGACAGGACGGAGCUGCUGUCCUGCUCCAGAGACGACGUGAUCAAGAUCAUCGACCUGAGGACGACCGCGGUGCGACAGACCUUCAGUGCCCCGGGCUUUAAAUGUGGAGCCGACUGGACCAGAGUCACCUUCAGUCCUGAUGGCAGUUAUGUGGCCGGGGGGUCAGCAGAUGGCGCUCUCUACGUGUGGAAUGUGCUCACGGGAAAAGUGGACCGAGUCCUCGACAGGAAUCACAAUUCUGCCAUAAACUCUGUGUCCUGGUCUCCGUCGGGCGCGUACGUGGCGAGUGUGGAGAAGGGCAACCGCGUCAUCCUCUGGUCUGACAUGUGACCAGCGACGGCCAAUCAGGACGUGGCGCCGCUCAGAGACUGAAUGUGAUUGGACGUUUGUGUUUUAAACAAACUGUGUCUAACGUCUGUGAAUCUGCUUCAAUAAACAUAGGCUUUAUUUAUGUCCCA